AUGCUUUGGCCCAACAAUGUAGACUUGCUCUCAUCGGACAAAAAGAUUGAGAUCUCGUCGCCUUAUAACCCCGUCCAUUUGACACAUGUGGGCUACAACCUCGAUACCGGCGAGUUUACUGGCCUGCCAAAAGAAUGGCAGCAGCUGUUACAAGAAUCUGGAAUCUCAAAGCAGGACCAGGCUGCGCAUCCGCAGGCUGUCAUUGACAUCAUUGGAUUCUACAAGGAUUCACAAGAAGGAAAGCAGAGCGACGCAGUCUGGAAAAAAUUCGGACACACGACAGAGGCGGCAAAGUCACCACCCAAGCCUGCACUAGCUCCAAAGCAGCACCCACCGCCUUCGUCAAAGGGAGAUCGCACAAGUCACGAUCGCCCCACUCCUGCGUCCCGCCCGGUGUUUGAGAAUCCUGUAAGCCGCUUGGAAAAACUACUGCUUGGAUCUAAUAGCGCAUUUGUGGAUGCAAAACAUUUGCUUAGAGCCAUGUCCAACCAACUGUUUGAUGUAGAUCCGAGUCCAGCAUCUCCUCCUCCACCUCCACCUACGGUGACAGCGCCAAUGCCGUCGCCACCACCGAAGGUGCCUCCACCCAAGCCCAAAAAAAUACCCCAUCACCAAGGCACGACUAUUACGCCACCGAAACCCAGUCAUGGAGGGUCUUCUACAGGUAGCGGUACAGCAACCAAGUUGCGUGAGAAGAAGGCAGACAAGGAUUCAGUGAGCUCUCAGGAGGUGAUUCGUCGACUGCAGGCGAUUUGCACGGACGCGGAUCCGACAAAGUUGUAUCGUAGCCUAGUGAAAAUUGGACAGGGCGCUUCUGGGGGCGUGUACACGGCGUACCAGGUCGGCACGAAUUUGUCUGUCGCUAUCAAGCAGAUGAAUCUGGAGCAGCAGCCGAAGAAGGAUUUGAUCAUCAAUGAGAUUCUGGUCAUGAAGGAGUCGAGCCACAAGAAUAUUGUCAACUAUAUUGAUUCGUUCUUGUACCGUGGGGAUCUCUGGGUGGUCAUGGAGUACAUGGAGGGCGGAAGUCUGACGGAGGUGGUGACGACUAACGAGAUGGCUGAUCCCCAGAUCGGAGCUGUCUGUCGCGAGACACUGUUGGGCUUGGAACAUUUGCAUUCGAAGGGCGUUAUUCACCGCGACAUCAAGUCGGACAAUGUACUGCUCGCCCUCAAUGGCGAUAUCAAGCUGACCGACUUUGGAUUCUGCGCACAACUGAAGGAGAGUCAGGCCAAGAGAACGACGAUGGUGGGGACACCCUACUGGAUGGCACCGGAAGUCGUGACGAGGAAGGAAUACGGACCUAAGGUCGACAUCUGGUCCCUGGGCAUUAUGGCCAUCGAGAUGUUGGAAGGAGAACCACCAUACCUCAACGAGAACCCUCUUCGCGCCCUGUAUCUGAUUGCGACGAACGGAACACCAACGCUCCAGCAUCCGGAAAAGGUGUCUGCGGACUUUACGGACUUUUUGCACCAAUGUCUAGAGGUCGAUCCGGAGAAGCGUCCGACGGCAACAGAGUUGUUGAAGCAUCCGUUUAUCACGAAGGCACAUUCUGUCCGGACACUGUCUCCCCUCAUCAAAGCUGCCAAAGAGAGCAGUCGACAUUAA